AUGGGCCUCCAAGGGCGUCCACCCAGACGCCUGGCCCUCCUAUUUCUUCUCUGUCUCUCUACCCUCUCCACUCUCUCCUCAGCUACCACCAAUUUCGUGGAUGAUGGUUUUGAGGGGGAAACUGAUGAGGAAUACGAUCAACGAUAUGCCGAAUUUGUCACCACUGAAACCGAACGCGGUCUGUUCCCCUCGAUUUUCAACCUGGCGACAAAUGCUAUGAUCUCUUCGACGGCUACUUGUGGAGAGAGGGGACCCGAGGAAUACUGUAAAUUGGUCGAACAUGUGCUGUGGAGGAAGACGCCUGGCAAUGGUGCUCCCCAAUGCGACACGUGCGAUGCAGAUGACGCGAGACGGAGACAUCCAGUCGAAUUUGCGAUCGAUGGAACAAGAAGAUGGUGGCAAAGCCCUUCGCUGCACAAUGGAUUGGAAUAUGAGAAGGUGAACAUCACAAUUGAUCUCCGUCAAGAAUAUCAAGUCGCAUAUAUGGUGGUCAAGAUGGGGAAUGCACCGCGGCCCGGAUCAUGGGUUCUGGAGAGGUCGCGCGACGGCGAGAACUGGCAAGCAUGGCAAUAUUUCGCUACAAACGACGCUGAAUGCGUGCGACUAUUCGGAAUUCCGGCCACAGCCGGCGUUCCAAGAUUCCAGGCUGAUGAUGAGGUGCACUGCACACCCGGCGCCAAGGGACCGUCACUCGAACUUCAGAAAUUCACGCGUACCCGUUUCGUGCGUCUGCGUCUCAUCGACCUGCGCACGCUCAAUGCCGAUUUGUUGAUCGUCAACUCGAGGGGGCACAAGUUGGACAAGAGUGUCACUAUGAGAUAUUUCUACUCGAUCUCCGACAUCUCAAUUGGCGGCCAAUGUAUCUGUUAUGGACAUGCGGAGAGUUGCCCGGCUGAUCCGGUUACUGGGCAAUUCCAAUGCGAAUGCCGUCACAAUACCUGUGGAGAAUCGUGCAACAAAUGCUGUCCGCUCUUCAAUCAACUCCCCUGGAAACCCGGCACCAACGCGCAGCCCAAUAUUUGCCAGCAAUGUCAGUGCUUCUCCCAUGCUGAUGAAUGUGUCUAUGAUGAAGAUCUGGCUCGCGAUCAGCUCUCAGUGACGCCGGAAGGUGUUUUCGAGGGUGGUGGACGGUGUCUGCAAUGUCAGCACAACACGGAGGGAAUCAAUUGCGAGAGAUGCCUGAAGGGAUACUACCGUCCAUCCGGAAUGUCACACUAUCGAGAAGAUGCCUGUAGAUCUUGUGAUUGUGAUGAAACUGGGUCGGAAAGUGAGGAGUGUAUUCGUGAUGAUCAGUCGGCCAUUAAUGGAAUGGCCCCCGGUGACUGUCGUUGCAAACCGGGUUUCGGGGGGGCGGCGAUGCCGGAUCGCUCAAUUUUGAUCAUUGUGAGCACGAGAAAUGCCAAUGCAAAGCAAACGUCGAGGGUCUCUAUUAUCCAAAAACAACUCGGCUGGCAGCUAACGGAUUUGAGUGGAGGUCGAGAGGUGGCACCGGAUAAUGAGAAUGGAGAGGUGCUAAUGUUCAACGCGAAUCAGAACAAGGACCUCCAGAUUGCACUUCGAGAAGGAGCCGGAUGGUAUAAUAGUCAAUCGAGGAGGCCCGCUGAUAAGGCUGACGUAAUGCGUGCCCUCUCUGGCGUCUCGCUAUUCCUCGUCCGUGCCAUGUACAACCAGAAUCAACUCCAGAGCAGCAUCUUCGGGCUCACGCUUGAUAAGGCUGUUGCGAGGACCAAGGGAAAUGCGCUAACCUCGGAUACACUGAUGAAAUCGGUGGAAGUGUGCGAAUGCCCCGAGGGAACAUCCGGAAACUCUUGCGAGUCAUGCCCCCAUGGCUACCGUCGUGUCGACAAUCAGCUCUUCAACGGGCGAUGCGAGAAAUGUGACUGUAACGACCAUGCCGAUUCUUGUGAUCCGUUCACCGGGGAAUGCGCUGACUGUCAGCCGGCUUGCGAACCUGGAUACGAAGGGAAUAAGUGCGAAAUGUGCGCCGACGGAUAUUGGGGAGAUCCUCUGGAAGUAAACGGCACCUGCCGAGAAUGCGAAUGUAACGGAAAUAUCGACGCGAUGGCCAUUGGAAAUUGUGAUACGAAGACUGGAGAAU